AUACUGCCCAUACUGCCCAUCCUGCCCAUACUGCUCCAAGCCGAUUCUGGCCCCCCCAAUACCCCAAUACCCAAGCCUUUGACCGAUCACAAGGAGCAGCAUCAUGAGCGCCAAGGUACCUAGGAAUUUCCGUCUCCUCGAGGAGCUCGAGAAGGGCGAAAAGGGCCUUGGAGCAGGUAGCCAGGCCUGCUCCUAUGGUCUGAACGACAACGAGGACCUGCUCAUGUCCGACUGGAACGGCACCAUCCUCGGUCCUCCUCAUAGCGUCCACGAGAACCGCAUUUACUCCGUCAAGAUGCACUGCGGACCCAAGUACCCCGACGAGCCUCCAACGAUCCAGUUCAUCAGCCAGGUCAACCUUCCCUGCGUCGACCCGCGCAACGGCGUCGUCGACCCCCAGCAGCUGCCGUGUCUCGCGCAGUGGAAGCGCGAGAACACCAUGGAGACGGUCCUUAUCGAGAUCAGGAGGUACAUGGCGUCGCCCUCCAACAAGAAGAUCCCUCAGCCUCCCGAGGGCGCCUGCUACGAGUAGCGCGUAGAAUACAGAGUCAGGCGUGUUAUGACAACAGACGAGUCAAUGAUCAUGAGUUGAUAU